AAUAAUUAAAAGUAUUAUCGUUAUUUAAUUUUUAGAGUUACAAAAAUGUAUUUCGGGAAGUUUUCGAUCGUGAUUCUGAUCGUUUCUUGUAUAAUCGUCGAUGCUCGCAAAAAGAUCUCUAAAACCAAAAUCAAGAAAUCGGAUCUUCAAAACUUCGGCAUUGGCUGUGGAUGUCAAAGCUCCAUAAUAGACAUCCUGACUUUAGGCUCUCGAGGCUCUAUUAUAGAACCUGUUUAUGGACCUGUGAGCCUGCCUGCUCCUGUGAUUGACGUUCCUAACUAUAGAUAUGUUGAACCUAUUGAGAUCAACCCAUUAGGAAACCUAUUCUCAACCUUUGAGGUCGCUAGUUAUGGUGUGGCACCCAUUUCAGUUCUUGACCUUCCCUGUGGAUGUUCGGGCCCCUGUGGAUGUCGGGGCCCCUGCGGAUGUAGUGAGCCUAACUGCGGUUGUAGAGUACCCGCUGUCAAACUUCCUGCCUGUCCUUGCGGCGCUCCUGCUGCUAUUGAUGCAAAAUGUGGAUGUGCUAGCAUUCAAACGCCUGCAUAUUCUUAUGGUAUAAGUGCUCUCAUCGAUGUGCCGUCAUAUGUGCCUGCUUGUGGUUGUCCGGGGCCCUGUAACUGUGCGGUACCGAAAUCUUGCGGGUGUGUGGGCCCCUGUGGUUGUGCUGGUUUGUCGUCUUGUGAAUGCAUGGGGCCCUGUUCAUGUGGUCUUUCUGCACUAAGCUGUGGAUGUAAUGGGCCCUGUUCGUGUUUGGGGGGGCCUGUAGCAGCUUGUGGAUGUUCUGGCCCUUGCAGUUGCGGAGUGCCUGCAGCAACUUGUGGCUGUAAUGAUGUCUGCACAUGCGGACUUUCAGUUUUGCCGUGUGGAUGUAACGGCCCCUGUAAUUGUGGGAGCCUGUCUUCAUGUGGAUGUUCGGGCCCUUGCAAUUGUCUGGGUAUGCAGGUGCCAUCAUACGGAAGCGUGUUACCAACGAUAGAGGUGCCGUCUUGUGGUUGUGGGUGUGGUAUGCCCGGCUGCGGAUGUAACCCUAAAUAUUUGCGUCAAGUUACAUUGCAGCCGCCUUUCUUGUGAAUUUAUUGAAGGAAUUUUAAUAGGUUAAUAAAUAAAAUAAAUAUUU